CAGAGAAAUCCGGGGGCUGAAACCGAUCCGGCAUAAAUGAGACGAUACUGCAAGGAGGCUGAAAAGUUACUGGUUUGGAGGCCCCUCCUCCUCCUUUUAUUCGUCCCACGCCGAGACACCUUCCCCACUCCGCCCCGCCUCCUUGUCGCUAACUAGAAAAAGGAUGCCGUCUCCUGCCCAGGCUGAGAGAUCGCCCCGGGCGACAGGAAGGGGGGCCCACCACCCUGAAGGGGAAUCAAGUCUUCUCCAGCGAUUGCCCAUUGAUUGAUUGAUGGAUGGAUUGAUUGGCGCGAGAACGUCGUUGAGUUGCAACAGUUUUAAGCCUCUGAGGAAACCAGGGAGCUGUGGGCGGAGAGGGCGCUUUAGAUGCUCAGACCGAGCAAGCACCGGGGUCUUUUAAAAGAAGAAGGAAAAAAAAAAACACAACAACAAAAGCAUGAAGCGGUCGAUUUAGUGGUCGUUGCAUGGAAAGCAACCCCGGCUUGCUUCGCGCGAAGUUGGUAGGAAGCUGCGCGUUUGCUUUUUGCUCCAGUGCCUGGAGAGAGAGAGAGAGAGAGAGAGCGAGAGAGCGAGCGAGCAGCUCUUUUCCUUCGGAAAUUGAAGAAUUCCUCCAAGGGGCAAACAAUCGGGAACCGCGAGGGAGGUUUGUGACUUGAAGAGCCGGCGAUUUGCUCCGUCUUUGCUGGUUGGACAGGACACAAAACCAAAAAAAAAAGGGGGGGGGGAAAUAAAGUUCCAGCUUUGUCAAAGUGUCCCACUGGCUCUUUCGGCCACUUUUCUUUGCUGCUCUUCGGCAGCCGCCGACCUUUGCCCGGUGCCCUCCUAACUUCUCGUCUAGGCCGCGAUUUCCCGUCCCCUCUCCUCUGACGGAGCAGAAGCAUGGAGCUUGUUCUCUGUCCCUCGUGUCGCAUGAUCCUCCGGGACCCGGUGACUGUCUCCUGCGGCCAUUCCUUCUGCAGGAGAUGCCUGGGCGAAACCUCGCCUUCCGAGUGCUGCCUCUGCGGGGAGAAACUCGGCCUCCUGGGCUCGCGGAAGCCGAGCUCGAACGUCCUGCUCGGGAACUUGCUCGAAAAGGGCUUGGAUACGGCCGCCAAGGUGGCCCGGUUGAAAAGGGACCUGCGGGAGCUGGUGAGCAACGGGGACUUCCAGGAAGCGAUCAGGACGCUUCAGAAGGGAAUCGGCUUGGCUCCAGAUGAUCUUACAUUAAGGCUGUGCAGAUCAGAGCUUUAUGUGGCUUUACAGGAGUAUGAAGGGGCUCUUGAGGAUUUGGAGGUUCUAUGCAAGCAGAAGCCAGAAGAAUGUGAAGGCUUUUUUAGAAAAGGGAAAGUGCUCUUGGAUUUAGGGAACCAAUCAGAAGCCCUGCUGCAGUUUCAACAUUGCCUUAAACUGGACUCCAGUUUCCAUGCUGCUCAAAAUGAGAUAGAAAAGAUUCUCACAAAUGAUGCCUCCCCUACUCCUGGUACUGUUAUGGAGUUAAAGAACAAUGGCAGUCAGAAUUUGGAAGGUUGUAAUUCAAGGGAACAGUUGACUUUUCUUGGGAGUUUUGAAGGCGAAACCCUACCGGAUAUGAAGAUGCAAAAAGAAAAUUGGCUGGAAGAAACUAUGCCUGAUCAUAGCCAGGCAGCACUUCCCGUGCCUCAAUGGAUGAGGAAGAAAGGCGAGAGUUGGUCAGUGUGUAAUGUUCAUAAUCUGACUUUUGCUCUUUCCUUUUGUGAACCAGAUUUGGAUGAAGAGGAGGCCUCACCAGAGACUUCAGGAACUAGAUCACCAGAAACAAAAUCUGUGAAAGACUAUUAUCCAGACUUCAUGGGCUUCCUGACUACAUCAGACUUGGAAUGUUCCCUUUGUAUACGUAUGUUUUAUGAACCUGUCACGACACCAUGUGGCCACACCUUCUGCAAAGAGUGUAUGGAGCGUUGCUUAGACCACCGACCCAACUGCCCACUUUGCAAGCAAAGCCUGCAAGAGUAUCUGAAAGCUGGAAAAUACAAUACUACCAUUCUGCUUGAAGAGCUGAUGACGACAGUCUUCCCUUCACAACUGGCAGAAAGGAAACUAGUCCACCAAGCUGAAAUGGUAGAACUUUCAAACCUAAACAAGAAUAUCCCCAUCUUUGUGUGCACCAUGUCAUUUCCAGGUCUCGUCUGUCCUCUUCAUGUGUUUGAACCUCGCUAUCGACUCAUGAUGCGAAGAUGUCAUGAGACUGGCACAAAGAUGUUUGGCAUGUGCAUGUAUGAAAAUGGAAAAAACUUUGCUGACUAUGGCUGCAUACUGGAGAUUCAGAAAAUAGCAUUUUUCCCUGAUGGACGAUCAUUGGUGGACACUAUCGGCAAGAGGAGGUUUCGAGUUUUGAGACGAGGGCACAGAGAUGGCUACCACACUGCAGAUGUUGAAUACUUGGAAGACGAGAAGAUGGAAGGAGAAGAACAGACUGAGCUCCAGAAUUUGCAUGAUUGUACCUAUGAGCUAACCCAGAGAUUUUAUGAACAUGGGGGCAGGACUUUCCGACAGCUUGUGAUGCAUCAUGGACCACUUCCAGAAAAAGAGGAAGACAUACAGGCAUCGCCAGAUGGACCAGUUUGGUGUUGGUGGCUUAUAUCUGUCUUGCCCCUUGACUUGACCCACAAGUUGACCAUUUUUUCUGAAACCUCCUUGAAGGCACGCCUCACCCAACUAAAACAUAUUCUGAACAUCAUUCUGGAAAGUCGUGACUACAGCAAUUAAUACUCAGACUUGUCACAAGGAAGUUUUACAUAACAUAGAAGGCAGGGAAGUGGGACUUCUGGAGAAGAAAUGACAAACUGCAGAUGGCUUGGCAAAAAAUGGAACUGACAACCACAGAGGAAUGAACUGGCGAAUAGACCAGCUCUUCAUAAUUCUUCUCCAGCCAAGGAGAGAUUUGAGAUUGCCCAUAAGUGCUCUAUACAGUUGCGCCUCAUAAUGCCAAUCUGGUGCCCUCCAGAGGUCCUGGGACUGCAAUUCCUAGAACUUCUAGCCAGCAUGGUUGACUGGGAAAUUCUACAAGUUGUGAUCCCAGCACAUCAAGUGGAUGCUAAGUUAGGGUGGUCAAAGCCUUAACAUCUUUAUUUCCCUCUUUAUUGUGAUUAUUUUGUUACUUUAAAACUGACUUCAGUUGUAGUCCUUGAAUGAGGACCCUGAAACUGGUCUGCAGUUGUAGCAAGAUUUACUACAAUGGUAUGUAGUAGUAGCAAGAUUUUUUUGAAUGGGUUUUGGACCGACGGGGAUAAAAGAUUCAGUAGUAAGAUGUGAAUUGUAUUCAAGUGAACAUAUUUCAAAGCACCUUACACCAUGAGAAUAGGAAAUAAAACUACAAACGCUGGGACUUCCUGAGGAAAUUUGCCUUAUAUCAUAUAUUGAUGUUUGCAUGGGACUCUUCAACAUAUUUUUCAUAAUGUAUGAUGUUCUUUCUUUCUAAGUUACGUAACUCACUGCUAUUGAUUGUAGGGUAAAAGCCAACUCAGAAAUGAGGAACAUGACAGAAGGGCUGGUUUUCUUUCCUGUAUUUUAUUCUGAUUGCUAUUUAAUGACGAAUUUCAAAAGGGAUCAGAUACAAUGACAUGCUAUUGAAAAAGGUAGAUUAGAAUACUUCUAUAAGAGAAAAAAGAUUUAAAAGCUGAUUGGGACAGAUAAUGUGUAGUUACCCAGAUGUUCAGGAAGUACAAUGAUUUCUUACCAUUUGGAGAGCUAUACUUUCCCAUCAGUCUGAAGCAGGCCGUUUUAAAGAUUUAAUUUACAGAAAAUGCCUAAAAGGAAACCUGAAAAUGAAAAUUUAAUUGUAGACAAUUCUCAUGGGAUGAAGUGAAUAGCUAGAGAAGUAACUACGACCUAAAAUGUAUAAUUCAGGAAUUAAUCUAGGUUUCAAGACACUAAGGUGGCAGAGUAUUUAGCUGAACCAAUCUGCUGCAUAAUUGUACAUACUAUUAGACAAAUUACUGUGAAUAUAUAAAGUUUGAUAUGCAUGUAUGUAAUAUUAACUGAACAUGUACACAUAGUAUAGGGAAUGUCUGAAUAGUUCAUGAAAAGUCAAUCAUUCGUUCACGUUUAAGAAGUCAUGGGAUUUUUAAAACAGCUGCUAAGCGAUUGGUUUGUAAAAUUUGCCAAAGAUUAGAAUUAUUUUUAGAUAAAAUGUUUUUGUGCUCCAGCCUCAAGAAUAUGGAUUCUGAGAAUGAACAGCACUGUACAAUACAGGUAGGCCUCAAUUUAUGACCAUAAUUGGGACUGGAACUUCUGUUGCUAAAGUGAUGUCAUAAAAUUACCCAAUUUUAUGAUCUUUUUUGCAGCAAUUGUUAAAUGUAUCCAGCUUCCCCCAUUGACUUUGCUUACCAGAAGCUGACUGGGAAGGUUGCAAGUGCUGAUCCCAUGACCCUGGGAUCCUGGAAUUGUGAUAAAUAAAUGCUGGCUCUCCAGCUCCAAAAUUACAAUCAUAUGACUGGGGAAACUUAUGGUUAUAACAUAAGGAUCAGCCAUAAACCACUUUUUUCCCCAAUACGGUUGUAACUUCAGAUGGUUCCUAAAGGAAUAGUUCUAAGUUGAGGACUAACUCUAUGUUGUUGUUUUUUUGGCAGAUUUUAAGCCUGCUGUGAUAUAUAGCUGUGUUUGCUUUUAGUUGCACUUAAACGUACACUCCUUAUAACAAUGUGUUUAUGUAAUUUAAAAUUGGCUUGCCAAAAAGAAUUAAAACACUGUAGAUGAAGGGCAUAUGCCACAUUAUCAUUGAAGCUGCUCCACUCUUGUGCUUCUUCUGGUUUGACUGUUAAGUGGUUUAAGAAAAUUCUGUUCAGACUCAGAUACUUUGUCAACAAAUUGCAAAGUAUUCAAUCUGGACUAUAGGUUAUCAUGUCCUCCCAUUGGACAAUUCCUCUUGUGCCUGCCUACCAUUCUGUAUCAGGCAAACAAUGGCCAGACAUUUUCUUUUCUCUGGAUGGAUCGUCUUAAAGAGAUAUGUUAAAAAUAUAACUUGGAGAGAGAGUUAAAAAACUGGACUUGGACAGAGGAGAGCCAGAUUUUAAUGCUUCCUUAGAUAUAAAAACUGGAUCAGUGUCUUUGGGCUAGUCACUGUCAGCUCACUCAGGAAGUUGAAAACAUUUAUCCACCAAUGCACAAUGGCUGGUAUGGUGACCAACAACCUUUAAUGAAGAGAGCUUCAUUCUGCAAUGAAUUGCUUUGGGAUAAUAAUGCACACACAUACACAAACAAACAUCCUAAAACAUAAAAGGAGGAAGGCUUUCACUGCAGCCUCUCAAUGGCCUUGUAGAUUAUUUUGGCUGCUUAAUUGCUGAGUGUGAAGGUUUUCUACUUCAAAUGACAAAUUAAUGAAAUGGUGGAAUUAUUAAUGAGAACGGAUAAAUAAAUGGAAAUGAGGGAAACCUGGAAAAGCUUUUUAAAAGAGCAGUUUUCUUUGGGGUGUCAAACCAGAAUUCUGAGUGAACAAGACAAUUGUUUCACUGAUUAUACUGUUGUAACAAGAUAAGAAAGCUUUAAAAGCUAUUAGAACUAAUGCUAAGGAUUGGUUCAAUUGAAGAAAUGGCCCUUCUUCUGCAGAGUAUCCAGUUGACCUUCAGCUGCAGCAAAAUAAAAGCAUCUUGGCACAAAUAGAAAGUGUCAACUAAAAAGAUACUCCUUUGGUCUUUUUAGCUGCCAGAAAAGGGGAGUGGGGGGAAACGACAUUCCUUAAAUGCCUAGGCCCUAGAUAAUCACCCCGGCAGCCCUGUCAGAGCCGUAAGAAAGUUAUU